AUGGAGACAUAUUCCCGGCCCAUUCUCAGCAAAAUUCACGGCGAUCAAGCUGCGCAUGGAGUCUAUGCGGGGACGUCGUGUUUACAGCUGGAUAGAUUACAUGUCAAAUACGGACCCAUAGUCCGCAUUGGGCCUGACGAGGUAUCCGUCAGUGACUGGCGACAUCUUCGGACAAGAUACCAGGCAAAGAGCGGCGUCAUCAAAGAUGCCCGCUUUUACGAUCCCAUUAGGAUUGACCCUGCUGAGCAUGCUGCUCGCAGGAAGCUCAGCAGCUCUCCAGACUCAUUGCAAUCCAUAGCCCAGCUCGACCCCAUCAUCCAGAAACAGUCGCAAAUCCUCGUGACCCGCCUUCUUGCACAAGCCUCGGCGUCAGCAUCUGGAACUGCUGAUGCAUAUAUGCUAUGCGGGCUUUACAGCCUCGAAGUCAUUUGCCAGGCUGGCUUUGCUAAGGAAUUCACCGGACCAACCGCCACAGACGACGCACGCCACCUGCUAGAUCUGAUUGAUGGAUCUGCGGCAGCCUUCAUGUACAGCGCGUCUAUACCAUUUGCAAGCAUGCUUGGGCCGAGAUUACCUGGGCCGAUCGGCGCCUCGUAUCGAGCUUUUGCAGAUUGGCAACAGGCAUCGCGCGAAAUGGUGGACCACUUCUUGCAGCACUCUUCUGAAGAGACCAAAUAUCUGCUGAACCCCUUGUCUCAGAGCAGUGAUCGCUUCCUUAAUCGCAAGUUAGCGCACAACGAACUCGUCGAAGAGGCGAAGACUUAUAUGUUUGCGGGAUCAGGCACGACGUCGACAACUCUCACCUAUAUUCUCUAUGAGAUUUCAAAACCCAAUCACCGACAUAUCCAGGAUCGACUGUAUCAAGAGGUCCGCGGGCUCCAAGAGGGUGACAUCACGGGGUUGCGCAAUAAUAACUAUGUUAAUGCUGUUAUCAAGGAGACGAUGCGUCUCCAUCCAACUAUCAUCUCGACGCUACCUCGAUUAUUGACAGAGCCAAUGCAGUUGGACAACCUAUGUCUCCCAUCAGGGACAAUUGUCGGCAUGCAGAACUGGAUUCAUCAUCGCAACCCGGCGGUAUAUCCAAGCCCAGAAAGCUUUGUUCCUGAUAGAUGGCUCGACGCCACAGUUGAGAUGGAGUCGUCUCUGACUCCCUUUGGGGUUGGACGACGGAACUGUAUCGGACAAAACCUAGCCUGGCAGGAACUUUACUGGGCGAUUGACUCUUUAAUGCGCGCCGGUGUUCAACUGGAGCUUGGUUCUCAGAUGGGUAACUGGGAGAUGGAGAAGAUUGACCGGUUCAAUAUUGCGCCCCGAGGCAAGCGGCUCAUGUUAGCUGUUACCAAGAGCGGAAAGAUUUAA